CAGCUGUUUCGUACAGUCAUUCACACGAACAGUUCGUAUUUUAGUUCGUUAGCGCCGGAGCUUCAGACAGCCGGCUUUUGCCGAACGCGAUAAUUUUUAAAAAUAAAUUCCCGCUUUCUUACUACGCAACGUUUUAAUGUCAAUGACCUUGUUUCGUGUCAAAGAGCAUAGUGUCACAGAUUAAAAAUUACAAUUACUAACCACGCGGAAUCGCAUAGGACGUGGCCAUGGAAGCGACAGAAGAAUUAAAUAAGAAAGAGAAACCUGAAGUAGAUCCGUUGGACACCGUGCUCAAGCAUGUCGGUGAGAUGGGCCUGUAUCAGAAGCUGUUGUUCCUCGGCAUGUGUCCAUUCGGAGUGUUCUUCGCCGUGGUGUACUUCAUACAGAUGUUCAUUGCGGCCACUCCGCAGAGGCAUUGGUGCAGGGUUCCCGAGCUGCAACAUCUUGACGUAGAAUUAAGGCGAAAUUUAUCAGUUCCUGUAAAUGGCGAGGACUGGGAGAAAUGUCUGAUGUACGACGCGAACUGGACACAGGUCCUAGCGGAUAUGGCACUACCACAGAACUUGAGCACCAUUCCGUGCCAGCACGGCUGGGACUUCCAACUUGGAGACAUACCGUAUCAUACUGUUGUUAGCGAGCGCGGUUGGGUUUGCGAGUACGCUGGCUACGCACCAACAGCUCAAGCCAUUUUCUUUGCUGGUUCAACAUUUGGCGGGUUGCUGUUUGGUUGGAUGGCUGACUACUACGGCAGAGUACCAGCAUUGGUUGGUACAAACAUGUUGGCAUUCGUGGGUGGUAUUGCCACCAUAUACACCACCGAGCUUUGGGACUUCGCUAUCGCAAGGUUCCUCGUUGGCAUGUCCUACGAUGGAUGUUUCAUGACAAUAUACAUCUUAGCUCUGGAGUACGUCGGACCUCAACAUCGAACGUGGGUGGCGAACCUUUCGAUAGCCCUCUACUUCGGCGGCGGUUCUCUGAUGCUGCCAUGGCUCGCUCUUUGGAUAGGUGACUGGAGGAAUCUGUUGUGGGUCACCUCAAUUCCGUUCCUCAUCGUACUCUUCGUGCCAUUUUUGGUCCCAGAAAGUGCAAGAUGGCUCUCAUCUCGAGGUCAGGUGAAUCGUGCAGUCAAGGUGUUGAAGAGGUUCGAAAAGGUUAACGGGACUAAGAUACCACAAGAUGCUCUGGAUGAUUUUAUUAUAUCAGCGAGUCAAACAAGACAAAGCAACGAAUCCAUAAAGGACGUUUUCAAAAGCGCUCCGCUGCGGAAGAUGAUGGUUCAGCUGGUGCUGGUGUAUAUGGCGUGCGCCAUCAUAUUCGACGGCCUGGUGAGGAUGUCCGAAGGUCUGGGCUUAGACUUCUUCAUCACUUUUACCUUGACGUCAGCCACGGAAAUACCUUCUGUCACAUUGUUGACAGUUGUGUUAGAUAGGUGGGGACGCAGGAACCUUGUCUGUGGACCGCUGCUCAUAGCCGGAGUGCUGUCAUUAAUGGCAGCUUUUGUACCUAGAGGUAUCCCUCAAGUGAGUCUGGCGAUAAUGGCGCGCUUUAUGAUCAACAUGGCGUACAACGCGGCGAUCCAAUGGUCCGCUGAGUUGCUCCCCACCGGCGCACGCGCGUCCGGUUCCUCGCUCGUUCAUGUGAGCGGCUACGUCGCUACUGUAAUCUCGCCUUUCAUUGUGUUCUCGGAAAGAUUAUGGCGGUCCCUGCCCUUGCUGAUAUUGGGCAUCAUCGCUUUACUCGCGGCAGCUGUGGGUCUUCUGCUGCCUGAGACCAAUGGCCGACAAAUGCCACAGACUAUAGAGGAGGGAGAGAGGAUAGUUCGAAGUUACACGAUUUGCGGGUCUAAAGUCGAAGAAGAAGACCCGAGACUGAAUUAUGAAAAAGAAAAAUCAAUUACAACGUGUAGUUAAUAAGUAUUUUGCGUUUAAUUAUUUUACCAAAUGGUAAUGUUAUUUUAUUUUAUCCAAACGGGAUAUCCAUCAUAUAAUUAAAUACAUCGUUAUUUAAUUAUUAUUUGUAGUAUUUAAGAAAAGCCCUUAUUUAGUCUUAAUAUUGUUAUUGAAAAUAUAUUAUAGAAAUAUGCGUUAUCGGUACUAAUCUUAAUUUUUAUAACAAAUAAGGCGUUUGUACUCCGACUCAAUUAUUACCCAGGUCUGAUGUAUGACUUAAUUAAUUAUUACUGUUAAAAGUAUUGAGGCAAUACUUAUUUAUUUACUGCACCAGCAAAAGUGUCCACAAAUACGUACAAAAUAAUUAAAUCGAUUGAUUUAGAUUAAAUUAAAUUUCAAUACAGACAUAAUUAUUAUUUUACAGUUUUUAAUUAUAAUAGAUUGAACAAAAAUUGUUGGUACAUUAACAAUGGGAGACUAAAUGACAAUUAAUUAAUCACCCCAAAAAAAGUCACCAAACCAAAACAAAAAAAGGUAUUGUCGUGAAUAUGUAAGAUCUCUGCAUUUUUUUCAAACUAUAUUAUUUUGCUCUGUGGCUUUGUAUCUUUAUUCAACGCUCUUAAUUAUUAUUAAUCUGUAGAUAAAUCUUAUCUAUACUUAUUGCUUGUUUCUUUGCAAUGAAGAGUCUCCGACACUACUAAUCCUAUUUGAAACAAAAACACAAUUCUUUCACUGUUGAGAAGCUACGCUAUCCCUGGGUGACAUAGGCUAUAUUGUAUUUAAUGUAGGCAUUAAAUCUAAAUCUAAUCUAAUAGGAAUAAAAAUAAUACCUAAAAUAUUAUUUUAUUUAUUAAUUUACUGCGCGUGCGCUGCGAAAAGUAUUGACGAUAGAAUAAAUAGUGUACUAAGACAUCAUUAUUUACAAAAAGUGUCGCGACAGCAUAAUAUCUCAUAAGUAUUCUUUUAUUUUUAAAUAAAUAAUUUUAUUACCUACUUAAUAGGAAUUUGUCAUGUCAUUCAUUGCUCUUAAUGCUCAAGUUAUAAGCUUAUUAUUAUAUUAUAUAAUAUAUAUGUGUUGAUAAAAAUAUAUUCUUACCCCCUUAUUCAUAAUAGUCUGCUAACUUAAAGCAUUGCUAAUUCUCACUCUGUCUUCUUCUAUUGACCUCAGUCAGAAUGAGAAAAAACACUCCUAAGCGGCUGUUUAAAGUUAGCGGACCAUUAUGAAUAAGGGGGUUAUUAGUUAUCGUUACUACAUAUAUAUGUCGCAGCGAAGUUCUCGAGGAAUUCGUGCCUGGAAGGGAUCCGGGAGCGAUGCAGGGCACGCAACGCGCUGCAGAAUGGCCGUGUCGCCGCGAGCUUCCAUCAAUAAUUUACAUUUAAAGUUUAUUAUGUGUGAGCCGUUAGGAUUUAAUUUCAAAUUACUUAUCAUCGUUUGCAUUCGUCCGGGGGGUGGGGUGGACCAGACGCUAAGGCUUAGCACGCACUGCGAUUAAACGCUUUCUUUUAAACGUAAGUCUGAACACGCAAAAAAAUAUAACACAUAGCUUUCUAUACAAGCGCAUGCAUUAGCGAAUUUUCAGUGACUGAUUUUAAAAACGCAACUUGCUACAUUUUGAUCGCGGUUUGUAAAAGCGCGUUUUUUUUGUGACCAAUAGUAUUAGUAUGGUGGCGCACGCACAGCGGUUAACCGCAUUCGGUUUUCUAUUCAGUCUCGACUGGGCGAUCGCAGAGGUUAGACGUUCUUUGCGGUCGCGGUGCUAUUGUAAAGAGAUUGUGUCAUGUCGUCCGAUUCAGAAACAACGUCUGUAGACUGCGAUAAUGUGUCGAAAAACAUUAUUAUUGAAGUUGAAAAAAGGCCAGCAUUAUAUGACAAGUCGUUGAAUCAGUACAGAGAUAGGAAUAUUAAGGCCACGCUUUGGCAAGAGGUAUACCAAAAUGUUUGCAGGGAAUGGACAAACUUGUCGGAGGCAGAAAAGAAGAACAAGGGUAUGUGUUGUGUUUUAUUUUAUUAUUAAAAAUAUAUUAUUAAGUUAUAUGGCAUCGUAUUGCCAAUUUAAAGCACCAGAUCGAGAUGUAAAGAAGUCGGCAAAUAAAUUUCGUAUUUGCAUCACGUCAUUACUAGGACGAAGUCUUAUUGGGUGUAAGUUUCGUAGUUCCGAAUGUUCCCAUUCGCACAAAUUUUCUGUAAAUUCCUUGACAUCGUUUUUUCGCAAGUCGUGGAAAAUUAUCGGCGGUGGGAGCAGCGUGCCUGCAGUUGCACAUGUAAUCGUAUAGAUGGCGUUAUAAUCAAUUCGACGUGAAACCUCCGAUAGGUGGCGCUGAUUGUAUUAACAAUAGACAAAACCAUCGACUCCUAGUUAAUUAAGGUUUUCAAUGCAAACGAUGAAAAGUAAUUUGAAAUUGAUUCCUAACACAUAAUAUUAAACUUAAAUGUUAGUUCUUGACAGCUCACGGUGACAUACAUAUAUAUAUAUAUAUAUAUUAAAUAAUGAAAUUAGGUAUAUAAUACAUGUUUUCUUGCACUGCUAAAGGAAUUGAUUCUUAAAUAUUUAUUAGUUUUUAAGGUUUAGAUUGAUGUCUAUCUAAAAAGUCUCUUUUAUAUUUUUUACAUUCAAAUGUUCAAUGUGUAUCAAUUAAUAGUUAUUGGAACGAAGUUCCUUACGGCAGGCUUGGAGGGGAUAGAGAUUUUGCUGCGCGACCGAACUGAAGAAAAUGUGAUAAUAAAACCGUAAGAAAAAACCCGUGGAAAAAAGGGCGUGGAAAAGUGCGUGGAAUAAAACGGUUAAAUGAGACGUGCGCAGGCGCGACAGUCGCAUACACAAGCGAGUAGUGUAUAUAUUAUCAAUGUUAUUAUAUUAAUAUAUGAUAACGAUUAUAGCAAUAUUAGAACUAUUUUUUUUGCAAUUUGUGUCGAUUCUACAUUAGCCGAAGGAACUUCGUUCCUACCUGGUGUCCCACGACACCACAUCAUUUUUAAAUUAAAUUUUAUCGGCUGUAAGAAAUUAUGAUUACAUGUUAAUUAAUGUUGAAUAGUUUCUCUUCUAUAACUACUACAUUUUUUUUACAAUUUACUUCAAAAGAUUUGAAAGAAGAGAAGAGCUCAAAAGAGCUGAUAAAAUCUGAGAAUAGUUGAUUAUCAGGUAAUUUCUAAUAAACUCCGACAACAAUUCGAUAGAUAUGUUUAUCAAUCAGAUUGUUAUAGCUCAAUUCUUAUAUUUUAUCUAACAGAUAGCUGGUGAACGGCGCGCUUCGUUUCAGUAAAAACUUCGAUAUUUCGAGCUAUGGUUCAAAACGAUCAAAUGAUCUAAUCAUUUACGGCCGUUCCCAAUAUUCAAUUUAUCUCCGAUUGUGGCCUCCUUGAGACAAAAAUCGUAACUACGAGUAUCGUUGACUUUUCUGUCCCAAUCAACUUAUCGACAUUCGACGGUAACUCACCUUAUCCGUACACGCUGUCUGUCAAUGUGAGGACGUAUAGCUUACCAGCGAUAGAAGUUUGUAUGGAAAUUGCAAUUCACGCGUCCCAAUAUAAGGUGAUAAGAAUGACUUAUCGGGUAUAUUGGGACAGCUUCAGAUUAUUCACAGCUAAUUAGUGACAUUAGAAGGUAGUAAUUUAUCUCUAUCUGUAGAUAUUAUCUUGGGAGCGGCCGUUAUUCGUAGAUAGAUUAUGACAGCUGUCAUACAACGUCGAAAAACAAAUGAAUUGAGAGUUAACCUCUAUUUUGAGCAAUGCACGCACACUAUUAUUUAUUAUUAUUAUUAUUUGAAGAGGGUGGCUAUUUCCUGGUCCUAAAAGGUUCCUAGUAACACCGCGUCCAGAAUUGGACUAUUGUGUUCGCCACUCAUACUAAAGCUCAUCGUCAAGCCCUGCCGCCUUUACGAACCGCAGUAUUUCCUUGACGCGAGUGUUGCAAACACUAUCUGGUUGUACAAAGUAGUUACCAAAGAUUGUGUUACGCUUAUGCAUUAGUGGGCCGCAGUCGCAGAGUAGAUGAAUAGGUGUUUCAUCAUCCUCAAGGCAGAACCUGCAAGCUUUGUCGCUUCUGAUGCCGACCACACUGAGGUGCUUGUUUAGGCGACAGUGCCCGGUUAGCAUCCUAGUGAUUAUGCAUAGAUUUUUCCUGUUCAAUGAUAGGGCUUCAUUCGCAUAGCUACUGUUGAAUGCCCUUAUCAGUGCUUUAGAGUGGUUUAAACCUGAAGAGUUGUUCCAGCGUUUAAGUGCUUCUUGUUUACAUUGGUUACUCAGGGUGUGUCGGAUGGCGCUCUUGGGCAGUCCACAAAUGGGUUCCGGACCAUAUCGGACUGCUUUAGCCCCAGCUCUUGCGAGCUCAUCGGCCAUUUCAUUGCCUAUGAUUCCGGCAUGCCCUGGGACCCAUCUGAGAAUCACUCUGUUUUUCAUGCCUAAUGAAUUCAGGCAUUCAACGCAAUUAUUGACUAACUUAGACGACGUCAAGUCAGCGUCUAAAGCCAACAAUGCUGCCUGACUAUCAGAGUGAAUGUAUAUGUUAUGAUUGAAGUAGCCUUUUUGGAUAUUGGUUUCCGCGCAUUCCAGGAUGGCGUACACCUCUGCUUGAAAUAUGGAGUAAAGCUUCCCAGGUUUGUGCUGGAUUUAAACCUGGGGCGAUCUCCAUAGACCCCACAGCCGACUUCAUUUUCCAUUUUAGACCCAUCGGUGAACCACAUGAGGCUCCCGUCCUUCCACGUGACUUUGUUGUUCAUCCAGUCGUCCCUGGAAGGUAGUUACACGAUAUAGUGUUUAACAGAGAUUAAUUGUGGAAUCAUCUGAUCAGGUAACAUGCCUAAUAUGUGGUCUCGCAGAACUGAGUCCUCUAAGGUCCUAAGCGUUUGCGACAUCCAGUUACAUGAACCCCCCUGGGCGAUUGCCCUCAGCAUGCUUGCCUUCGCCUCUUGCUGUAUGAACAGUGGAAGAGGCGGUAGGUUUAGCAUUGCUUCAAUGGCCGCACCAGGAGUAGACGUCAUGGCUCCGGUUACCAACAUACAGGCAAGUCUCUGCAGGCUAUUUAGUCUGUCUGCAGUUGUUUUUUGGUUGGCUUUGUUCCACCACACAAUGAAGGCGUAUGUGAUUGUACACGCACACUAGCACAAAUCACGAGUGUAAGACGAUCUUUUCACGCACACUAAAGUAAUAUGCCUGGUCUGUUUUUAUCGGUUGUCUAGCAGCAAAAGACUAUCUAGACGUAUAAAUUAUCUAAGAUACAGCUAAUAAGAGAUAAGAAAAAUCUUAAUUUUCACCGUAUCUCCAUUAAUUGUUUUGUUUGUUCUUUUUUAUUUAUCAACUGUGUCGUUUAUAUUUUGAUAGUCUUAGUUUGUUUCGGUGGUUCUUUUUAUUAUAGGUACUUUGUUAACAAUUUAAUUAAUAAAUAUAUUAUAAUAAGUGUAAUGUUCAUCGUUUGCUCACGAUUGAAACAACUAAUCUUAACUAUGUAGCACUACACCCGAACACGUCCGCACGCAACCAACAGCCGAUUAGAACAGUCCUUCCGCUGUACUGUGCAUUCCUUAUAUAGCACUCAACGUCACACGGCUAACGUCACUGUCGAUGUCGUGACAGUGACAAUGAUAGUUAACACAUACUCUGUUACGACUAGAUGUCAGUAUACUACAAUAAGUAUAUAUAAUAACAAGCCCAUCUGAUUUUAUUAUGCUGGUUUCUGCAGAUUUUCUUAAAAAAAAAUAUAUCCAAUAAUACCCGUCAAAUAAAACCCGAUACGACUUGCACCUAUACCUUCGAAAAAAGGCCGUAAUGGCCGGCCUCGUUGGGCUAAAAUUAUUUGUUAGUCAUAGACGACCUAACAGCCCCAUGAUAAUGCAUGUCAAUGUGUGCGUUAGCUAGUGGAGUAAUAUUCAAAAUACUAAUACGCGAAUACCAACCGUGGCUGACUUUUUACGACUUGUCAAUCAAACUCGGUUACAGUCGAAAAUUAUUCGCGCACACUUUCCCCCUUAUUCAUAAUAGUCUGCUAACUUAAAGCAUUGCUAAUUCACAUUCUGUCUUCUUCUAUUGACCUAAGUCAGAAUGAGAAAAAACACUCCUUAGCAGCUGUUUUAAGUUAGUGGACCAUUAUGAAUAAGGGGGUAACCCCCUAAGUUAAGUUAAGUCUAUACACUAGCUUGUUAAGUCUAUGCCUUGUGCAGGAAGAGAAAAUAUUAAAUAAGACUAACUUUUAAAAAGUUAUGUAAAGAGCAAUGAAAUUAUAGUAGGUACUUAUAUUCUUACUCUUAAAACUCUAUCACUUAAUAAAUUUACUGUACAAUGCUUGCCUAGGCAUGUGUCAUGUCUUAAAAUGAUUUAAAAUGACUUAUUAACGUUAAUGUUGUUGUUGAACUGUGAUAGAAGUCAAUUUAAGAAUAUUGUAUCAAUCUAAAUAAAAUUCUAAUUAAUAUAA